AAGACCCCAAAGACUUCUUUCUACUGACACAACACCUGGAUACCACUUUAACAAGACCAACAAUCUUUUUGUUUAGAGUUCAAAUCUGUGUCUUACGUGUCCAUUUUGAUACUUACAAGAAUUUCAAGAUGCUGUUUUGAGAAAGCACUAUGCUGGAAACAGAUGCUGAUUCUGACUUCUCUAUUAAAAUUUCACUUAGACCACACUUGACUGAGGUAAGGUGCUAUACUGGACAUAUUUUGUUUUUAAGAGACACUGCCACUGGAAUAUGGGGUGCUUUUCUCUACUGUUACCAUUCAUGAACAUCUGAAACUCUGCUCAUGAUAGUCUUAUUUGUACAUGGUUUUAUCACAACUAAUAAGGUCAUUUUUUUAAUCACAGAGACGAUGUACAAAUGGUUUCAACUUUUAUUCAAAUAUAAAUAAAAACAGGCAACCUUGUUUUUUAUUUGCACUACAUCUGACGGGGGUUUCAGCGCUGCUGUAGUUUGUGUGAGGUCAUAGAAACCUUGUUGUUUUAGAUUUUUAAAUGAGAGCUGAGCGACGCAAAUCAAAGACAAGAGCGGAUAAAAGCGUGAUUCUACCAGUAACUGUGUCCUUCAAACACACACAGGGUGGAGUACCAAAACUUCUCUAUUCUACAGUUUCUAUAUGACCGGUACUUACAGGUCGAAUCACAACACAGAUGUCGAUGCCUCAUUUCAUCAUCAGAUUGUGUGCAUAGCAAGUGUGCGAGGGAGGCCCUUUUUACGCAGAUAUCGCACUAUGGCGCUGCCAGCAAGAGGAAGUGACGGGGAGCUGGAUGGGAACCAAGUAGGAAUCGGUUUGAGGGGAAAGAAGUUUCGCCCUUCUCAGUUCAAGCAUACUGCCUCACGUGACCUUACAGUGCACUCUCUUUCCUUCUGCCAAUAUGGGGAGAAAGCAUGCAGAAUUAAUCAGAAGGGGAGGAGCCCAUGUUGAAGCAAGUGUUGUGUCAUCUACCACAGUUUCAUAAACAUUCAUUAAUCUGUUGCAAAUGUGUGUCUGUCAGGGUGAACAAGCACAAAGAGGACUGUUGUUUCUGUUUUAUUAAACACAUCGGGAGGGAAAGAGGAAAGGAUUCGGAGACAGUAAAAGAGUGUGGUCAGUUUGAGGUGUCCAAGGAGGAUCUGCAGCCACAGAGACAUGGACAGGACACAUGUGAAGACGGAGGAGGCUGACAAGGAUAAGACGGAAGAGGACGUGGUGCGCCUCCGGAGAGAGAUUGGCCUGCUGCCUGCAGUGUGCUUCAUCAUUGGCACAGUGGUGGGCAGUGGGAUCUUCAUCGCACCCAAGGGAGUCCUGAUGAACAGUGGCAGCAUGGGGCUCUCUCUGCUGGUGUGGGUGCUGUGUGGGGUCCUCUCCAUGUUUGGGGCUCUUUGCUAUGCUGAACUGGGCACCAGUUUUAAAAAAUCAGGGGCUGACUACGCUUACUUACUGGAGACACUGGGGCCACUGCCUGCCUUUUUACGACUCUGGGUUGAGUUCUUAUUCAUCAGGCCUGCUGUUGCUUCCUACAUGUCCCUGGCUUUUGGCCGUUAUGUGGUGGAGCCAUUCUUUGGACCCUGUGCUGCUCCGACAGUGCUAAUCAAACUUGUUGCCAUCCUGGGGGCAACGUUUGUUGUGGCAGUCAACUGCUGGAGUGUGACCAUGGCCUCUCGCACUCAGGUCACCUUGACUUUCAUUAAGAUGUUUGCUCUGGCCCUCAUCAUCAUCCCUGGUGUCAUCGCACUGGCUAAAGGAAAAACUGAGAAUUUCCAGAAUGGUUUUGAGGUUGACUUAUUAACAUUAGAUAGGUUGCCUCUGGCCUUCUAUAAUGGCCUAUAUGCCUAUGCUGGAUGGUUUUACUUGAACUUUGUCACAGAAGAGGUCAUAAACCCAAACAGAAACAUCCCGCUGGCAAUAACCUUCUCCCUGGUGACAGUGACAGUCUUUUAUGUGCUUGUAAAUGUGGCCUACUACACCAUGAUGACUCCGGCUGAGCUGCUGGCAUCUGAUGCUGUGGCUGUGACGUUUGCGAACCGUGCUCUUCAGGGAUUGGCUUCUGUGAUUCCCUUUCUAGUGGCCCUAUCCUGCCUUGGAGCACUUAACGGUGGUUUCUUUGGGUCAGCCAGGAUACUGUUUGUGGGAGCCAGAGAGGGCCACUGGCCUCCAGUCUUUUCCAUGAUUCACAUCCGCAGACAUACACCAAUGCCUGCUGUGCUGUUACUGUACCCCUUAGUGGUUGUGAUGUCAAUCAGUGGAGAGAUCUACCAGCUCAUCAACUUCGUCUCCUUUGCUCGCUGGUUCUUCAUCGCCUUGGCAACCUUGGGGCUGCUCAUCCAUCGAUAUCGCUUCCCCCACCACCCAAGACCUUUCAAGGUGCCCCUGGCCAUCGCAGUCAUCUUCACGGUGGUUAGCUUCUUCAUCGUGGGCCUGUCUCUGUACUCGGACCCCUGGAACACUGGGCAAAGCUUCGCUCUCACUCUGACCGGGGUCCCAGUUUACUAUGUGACCGUCUACCGCUUUCGCUUGCCCAAUAGAUGCAGACGCAUCUUCAACUACUGCAGCAAGAAACUGCAGAUCCUUCUAGAAGUGGUUCAACAAGAAGUUCAGACGUAUUGAGGAGCCCAAAGACUGCUGUCUACUGACACAACACCUGGAUACCACUUCAGGCCCGUUUCCACCACAGGAACUUCGGGGUAAUUUUACGGGGCCGGGGCCAUUGGUGCGUGUCUCCACCGCAGGAACCACCCCCGUAGGACAGAGUUCCGGAACAGCUAACAGCAGCAGCAAAGCUAACAUCAGGACGUCAUCUGUUAAAAGCCUCCUGUUGUCGGAUACGACAUGAAACUACUCCAGUUAGCUCAAUCACGUUGUAACUAAGACAUCCGCUGGAAAAAUAUAUUUUUCACGGGCCAUUUAGUGAGUUAUUACAGACACCGCUAUCGGCUAACGGCGUCCUUACGUCGCCCCGGUCAAAAUGGGCGCACAACGAUUACGUCACAUCCAGAGCCCUUAACUUUACAGGAACCUUCCUGCUACUCCGCUCUCUCAGUGGAGACACGGCGGUUGAGAGGGCCGAGCGAGAGGACGUUCCUGUAGUAGUUCCUGCCCCCCAAAUAGUACCAGGAACUCCUUCAGUGGAAACGGGCCUUUUAACAAGACCAAGAACCUUUUUGUUUAGAGUUCAAACCUGUGUUUUAAGUGUCCAUUUUGAUAGGUAGACAAUUUUAGUGUGCUGUUUUGAGCAAACUUUUGCAACAACUAAGCUGAAUAUCCUCUAACUUGACUAAGGUAAAGUGCUAUGUUGGACAUAUUUUGUGUUUUUAAAGGACACUGCCACUGGAAUAAGAGGUGCUUUCUCUGUUAUUACUCCUCAUGAGCCUAUAAAACCAUGUACAAGUAAGACUCGUGAGCAGCGAUUCAGAAGAACCUAUAAAUCACAGAGACGAUGUAUAAAUGGUUUCAACUUUUGUUCAUGCAUAAAUAAAAUUAAAUAGGCAGCCAUGUCAUGU